UAUGGAGCCUUUAGAUAUAUUUACUAUUUGGUUAACCUUUUUCUCCAUUUGCUUUACUUUCUUGCCGUUAUUUGUUGUAAUGGAUUGGCAUAAACGAGGAACAGCAGAAGGCUUUUCUUCCCUCAGUUAUGUCCUUCCCCUUUUAAUGAUGUGUUGCUGGUUUAAACACGGAAUUAUUACUCAGGACAAAACUAAUAUGUUUUUGAAUGGAGUCAAUUUGUUCUUCUUUUCUUUUUAUAUUGCUGCUUUUUGGUUUUAUCAGCCUAAAAGGAAAUAUUUGUAUGGUCAAUUGUCAGCAGUUGGUUUAAUGGUUGCUGCUAUAUUUCAAUAUGUAAAUAAAACACCUGAAGAUAAACAGGCUGAUUUAAUGGGUGCAAUCGCUGCCUUUACACAAAUAGCAUCAAUGGCUGGAGGAGUAUAUGACUUGAGAAGGGCAAUUCAAUUAAAAACAACCGAAUAUAUCCCUGCUCAAAUUCAAUUUGGAUUUUUUGCGUUAACUUUACAAUGGACUAUUUUUGGGUUUAUUGUUGGAAAUCCUUAUAUGAUGAUAGCCAAUGCAGCAGGGUUAGCGUUAAAUAUCGCAACAUUAUCACUUUAUAUUAUUUACCCACCCAAAACUUGGAAAGUUCCCAUUUUUGGUGUUGGAGGAGGAAAAGAAUUGAGUGAUGGAGAGAAAAAGGAAAAAUAA